CCUCCCCUGCCCUUGCUCUCCAUCCAUACCUCUCUUCCAAACUUGCUACUAGUUUCUAUCAUCCUCCUUUUUAUCUUUUACUUUCUCCAAGCUCUUCGAGGCGACAAACAAUUAAUUAAUACACUGCUACAAAAUGCCUCCCAACUGCGAGGAGCAUGACCAGAAUAAUGAAGUGUCCAACCCAUCUAUGGACUCGUUCAUCUCCAACUCUUGCUAUCCCCUCUCUCUCCAGUUCAUGGACAUUACGUAUCGCAUCAAACUCGACCCCAAGGCGUCCGCCAGAGGCAGCGGAAUCAAGAGGAUAUUCCACGGCGGCGCCGGAAAUUCCUCAGCGGCGGUUCCCGAAGAGAGAACCAUCCUGAAUGGCAUCAGCGGGGCCGUCUCCCCCGGAGAAAUCCUCGCCGUCCUCGGCCCCUCGGGUAGCGGCAAGUCGACUCUGCUAAGCGUCAUCGCUGGCCGGCUCCAGGGGAAGCACUCCGGCGUCGUGCUCGCCAACGGCAGCCGGCUGACCAAACCGGUUCUCCGGCGAACCGGGUUCGUGGCCCAGGACGACGUGCUGUAUCCUCACCUGACCGUGAGGGAGACGUUGGUUUUCUGCGCCAUGCUACGGCUGCCGCGGACGGUGGCCGCGGCGGAGAAGGUGGCGGCGGCCGAGGCGGUGGUGGCGGAGCUGGGGCUGGGGAAGUGCGCCGACACGGCGGUGGGGAACGCCUUCGUUAGGGGGAUCUCCGGCGGCGAGCGGAAGCGGGUCAGCAUCGGCCACGAGAUGCUGGUGAACCCGAGUCUCCUGGUUCUCGACGAGCCGACGUCCGGUCUGGACUCGACCGCGGCCUAUCGGCUCGUGGCCACGCUGGCCGGGCUCGCCGCGAAGGGCCGGGCCAUCGUGACCUCGAUCCACCAGCCAUCGAGCCGGGUCUACCAGAUGUUCGACUCGGUUCUCUUGCUCUCCGAGGGGAAUUGCUUGUAUUUUGGGCGAGGGAGGGAGGCCAUGGACUACUUCGGCUCGGUCGGAUUCGCUCCCCGGUUCCACGUGAACCCGGCCGACUUCAUGCUCGACCUCGCUAACGGCGUUGCUCAGAUAGACUAUCAAGGCGAUGCAGAAAAGUCCAAUGUAAAACAAUCUCUUGUCGCCUCCUACAACAGAGUGCUAGCUCCAGAGGUGAAAGCCUGCAUUACCGCUGCCGUUGUUGGAGAUGCUGCCCAGAGUGGCAGUGAAAGACCCACGAUGAAGGAGCACAGAAAUUGCAGUAGCAUCAGCUGGUUCAGCCAAUUCAGCAUCCUUCUCUGCAGAAGCCUCAAGGAAAGGAGGCACGAGACCUUCAACUCUCUGAGAGUGUUCCAAGUCAUGGCGGCGUCCAUUCUAGCAGGGUCCAUGUGGUGGCACUCCAAUAUUCAUGAUGUGCGGGAUCGGUUGGGUCUUCUCUUCUUCAUCUCUAUCUUCUGGGGUGUCUUUGCAUCCUUCAAUGCCGUCUUCACUUUCCCACAGGAGCGUGCAAUCUUCAUCAAGGAGAGAUCGUCAGGCAUGUACAGUCUGUCCUCCUAUUUCAUGGCUCGAAUGGCUGGUGACCUCCCCAUGGAACUGAUCCUUCCCACCAUCUCUGCACUGAUAUUGUACUGGAUGGCUGGGCUCAGGCCUGAGCCAAGAGCAUUCAUGCUUACGCUGGUUGUGUUGCUUGGCUACGUUCUGGUGGCACAAGGUCUUGGUCUUGCCCUUGGUGCAGCCAUCAUGGAUGCGAAGCAGGCUUCCACCGUGAUCACAGUAACCAUGUUAGCAUUCCUUCUCACUGGGGGGUUUUAUGUUCAACAUGUGCCAAGCUGUUUGAUCUGGAUGAAGUAUACCUCAUUCACCUUCUACUGCUACAGGCUACUCAUCAACCUGCAAUAUAAAGAGAGUGAAUUGGUUACACUUCUAGGUUUGUCUCAUCACAGGAACGGAAGGGAGACAGUAGAGCAGGAGUUGGGUGGGCAGGUCAGUACAGUGGUGUGCAUUGUGGCUUUGGUCGCUAUGUUUGUGGGAUACAGGAUUUUGGCAUAUCUUGCUCUCAGGCGUAUCAAAACAUGAACCCAGUAGCAGGAUUAAGUUAACUAUACUAUAUUCACAGGCAUGCGGGUUUUGGGGUAUCAGGCAAUUGCACAACGAGGGAACAAGGAGCAGUUUACUUGAAUGUAAAAGAUGGCUACUGAAACAAGCGAGGGUACAUUUGAAUGUUAGGGAUCCUGAGGUGGAGGUCAGUAACUAGAGAGUGCAGUGGUAACUUGCUGUCAGGAAGCAAACAUGAACGCUUCCGUUGGAUGUCACAAAAAUGAUCAUCAUAAUUUGUCCACUUGCAAAGUUUCAAAUUGAAAUCAAUAUUUGUUCAUCAA